AUGGCUUCAAGUGAGCAACCUGUAUUUCCCUUAAAAACACGACAAACAGCUCGUUUGCUCAACGGUACACAUACAGAAGUAUUAGUUACGGGGUUCCGUGACAAAAUACUUGUAAUUGUUACUCAAUACGGAAGAAUUGGCAGUUUGGUUUACGUGACGGUUGAUUCACUUUCACCAACCGUACUAGCGGUAUCGCCUUCCACUACCACCAAUGUAAAAUUUCUUUUCGGAUCUAUGACGUCGCUAUACCAAUUGUACGCAUCACAUCUAGCCACAAUGAUAGCGGCAGAUAAUCCAAGUGAUGGAAGAUCUGUGGUAGUAGGGUUGGCAUUAAAGAAAAAUGGUGAGAAUAAUGACACCGUUGAUCAAGAUGAACAGGUUGGAGACAAAGAAUUAUUUGAAGAGGUAGUAUCGAUGGUAAAAGAAUGUAGAGUUUGGUGA